AUGCAUCACUUGUAUCCGUUGGCGAAGGGCGACAACUUGUGCCCGUUGGGGUUCCACCCGCAAGUGAGGUGGCCGACGCGCUGCAAGCGAUGUUUCAGAGACUACAAGGAGCACGGCGGGCGGAAGAGGGAAGACGACUUCACCGCAUCCACGCCCAGCCUCUCCACUUACUCGCCAGCGUCACGAAGUCGUGAUGGAGAUAAUGGAGGAGAAGGAGAGAGGAGUAGCCGGGGCUGGUCUUCAAGUGUUAACCUCAGCUUCAACGAAUCAGCCAAGAACGAUAUAUCGGGGACGAAAACCACGACAUGGACGUCGACACCCGACUUGGCAAACGAUACAGAAUCUGCAACAGCCAUAACAGUUAACCUCAAAUUGCCCAAACGCAGAUCUACUGGACCACUGCCUUCACUGGACACUGGACAAGGCAAUGAAUCGGUAACAGUCCGACGGCCAUCUCCUUCUCCACCUCCGAGUCAACCUUCCGCUCAAAUCACCAUCAACAAGAACGAUUCAUUGGCAGAACGUGUCAGAAAGAUGCAAUUAAUGAAAGCGCAAAGCAGUUUCGAAAAAGAAUCUAGUUCAGAAAAAGAUCGUGAAAGAAGAAGCGCAUCGAGAAGUAAGGAAGAAGAAAAAAUCACUCGUGUUAAGGACGAUAAACCCAGUUUAAAAGAUGAUGUUAAUUUUAUGAUGCAGGUAAAAAGUAGCCGUAACAAUGCACUAUCGAAGCCGCCUAAAAGGGGAGGACCCUCGCGAGAUAGGGAAGAGACAUCAGACGAUGAACAUAGUCUCGCCGGUACGACUACCACAGAUACGGAAACCACGCUGAUCGACGCUAAUGUUAAGGAAUACCAAGAGCAAGUAGAAAGUCUGAAACAAGAAGUGGAUAUACUGAGAAAGCGCUGUGAAAGAGUCGAAAAGGAAAAAAGUGACAUACUACUACGAAGACUGGCGAAUAUUGACACGGUCAAUAAAUAUUCUAUCGGGCGGUCUUCGGAAGUGUUGAAACUGCAGCAAAAGGUUAACGAGCUCACUACCCAGAAUGAGGAUCUGAAGGAUGAGAAGAAACAUUUGACCUUAAAAAUUAAAGAAGUCGAAACAGAACUUGAGGGUAAACCAUCGGUGGAAGCUCAGACGAAGCAAAUCGAACAGCUAAGAGCGAAGUUACUUGCCGCUGAAACGUUGUGUGAAGAACUUAUGGAUGAAAAUGAGGAUAUGAAGAAAGAACUCCGUGAUCUGGAAGAAGAGAUAGAAGAAAUGCAAGACAAUUUUAGAGAGGAUCAAGCCGAUGAAUAUACGUCUCUAAGACGUGAGUUGGAGCAAACUAUAAAAAACUGCAGAGUUUUGUCGUUUAAAUUGAAGAAGACUGAACGCAGAAACGAGCAAUUAGAACAAGAAAAAACGGAUCAAGAAAAGAAACUAUUAGAGAUAGUGGGGGGAAAGCAAGGAAUGGAACGCGAGAACCGCAUAAAAGAGCUCGAGCAGGAAGUCUCUCGGGCAAACGAAGUGGCUUUGCGAUUGCAACGUGAGCUGGCCGAAGCGAAUACUAAACUUGCAGCUGCAUCGGGUGCGCCUCCGGCGAACCUCAAGACUCAUGCGCCGAGUGAAGGGAAGAAAGUCUCCCGGUCAUCGCUCACUCGAGGCGGGAGCCAGGAGGAUCCCGCCCAAUUGUUGCGGGACUUACAAGACUCCCUGGAACGCGAAGCUGAUCUAAGAGAACAACUAAGAAACGCAGAAGAAGAGGGUUAUGUCGAUCACCGGGGCUUCGAAGACAACAUGUCUGAACUGAAAAGUGCAUCGUUAUCUCUGCAUCAUCAAACGAGUAACCGAACUGCCAAUAACACUGAUAACACUAACAAUUCUUCUCGCAAACCUUUUCACUUCCAAUUGCAGAUACAGAAAGAAACGGAAUGUUUUAAUUUAGAGAAGAUAUUAUUUAUAGGCGUUAAUCGCGAGUCCCAGUGCCCUCAGGAUAUAGCCCUCAGUUAUGCUGAAGGUUGCCAAACCGACCUUAUCAUGGUAUGUGACGUCGCUUCGGAAACGCGGAAAACAACUCUAGACUCAAGCUCACAAUGCGACAAUGACAUGCUCGAUACGUCAACUCAAACGAAUGAAAGCAUCUCUAAACAUUCAAGUUUACAAACCUACUGCCAAAAUAUUAUAACUCAACCGAAAAAAUCUAAAGUCAACAGUUCCGGCACCCAGGACAUGCAAGGGAAGGCCAACGAAAGGAAUGUUAAUACCCUAAAUAUUACCGAUCCAGUUAAUAAAGGAUCGACUCAAAGUGAAGGAACUCAAACAGAACACCCGAUAAACGGCCGAGAGAAGUCAGAUAGUCCUCCGCUCUCAUCCGAAAAACCACUAGCAUUGACCUCCGGCCAAAUACACUUCCCACUUGCAUUAUUUAAUCCAUUGGCAGCGAGGUUACCGAUUGCAAAUAACUUACGUAAAACCGCGUCAAGAGUCGAGGACGACAAUGAGUCCUUACUGCUACAGCUGAAGAAAAUGGCUACUAAGGCCAGAAGUCGAAAGUUGUCACCGACCGCUCCUACCAAUCGACUGGCGAUCGAAGCCCCAAACGAAAAAGAUGAAGGAAUAUCAGACGAAGAAGAUCCAGCGGAACUUCGUCUCUUGCUCGAACUUAACGAACAGGAAGCAGCCGUGUUGCGUAAAAAGGUAGAAGAUUUGGAGCAGGAUAAGGAAACGUUGAAAAAACAAGUAAAGGAGUUAUCCGAAAAAGUUUCAAAUGCAGCGACCAAAACGAAUGCCAAUACCGGAGCUGCCUUACGGCGAACUUCAAAUAAGGGUAGUUUGGCGGAAGAGAAAGUCAAAGUACUGGAGGACGAAAUCGCUGAGCUAAGAAAGAAGCUAAUUGAAAAAGAAAGGGAUUGUGAAAGACUCCAUGCUGAAUUGAGUAUCGUUCAAAAGAAGCCGAAAGCCUCGUUGAUUAAAAGCAAAUCACUCGACGGAGACCAACAGAACGUCGACCUCAAGCGCCAACUUCAAGUAAUCGAACAAGAGGCGAACGUGCUUAGGACAAAGACCCAGAAUCUGGAAGUAGACAACGAAAAAUUGCAAGCGGAAAAUAAAAGAUUGCAGCUUCUAAAAGGUACGAAAUCCUUGAAAUCUGAUAAGACUUUGGAAAUAACCACCAAUAAAGCAAGUCAAUUAGAAAAAGAAUUAAGAGAAGCUCUUACAAAGAUAAAGGAUUUGGAAACCACAAAAGAUGAUAAGAAUGAGAAAAAAGUCAGGUUCAGUACUGAAAUAUCCAAGAAAGAAAGCGACAGCUUAAAAAUAAAACAGGAAGAAUUAGAUAAAUUAAAAUUAAACUUUAACAAGCUUGAAAAAGAAAAACUAAAACUGCAAACUACGCUCAAAGAGCUAAAGGAAGACGCUCUUAAAUCUUUCAAACCGAGGACUCCGAAAAAAGUUACAGAUUUGACGACAAAAUUACAACUGAAGAAAAUGGUCGAGGACUUGGAAAGUGAAAUUGGUGAACUGUAUGUUGUGAUGAAAAAUUCUGGAAUGUCGGCACUCGAUAACAAAACCGUUACGAAAGAAAUGGAAGAAGUUAAAGAAAAACUAUCUAAGCAAGAAGCAGAAUUUACAAACGAAAGAAAUCGCUUACAAAGUGAAAUAAGUAGACUAAAAGAUUUGAAUCUUAAAAUAGAAAGUGAGAAGAUUUCUCUGCUUGAAAAAAUUAAAAGUCUCGAAACUGAUCGAAAUUCUAGUGUUACAGAAUGUAAAUCAUUGAAGGAUGAAAAGAAAACCUUGGAUUUGCAAAUUAAUAAACUAACUUCUGAUUUAAAAAAGAGUAGUACGCAACACACCGCAGUUUCAGACUGUAUGAAGAAAAUUGAAGAUUUAAAGAAGGAAAUAGACGUUAAGGACAAAGAUAUUGAAAAGUUAAAGAAACAAGUUGAAACCUUUAACAAAUUAGAACAAGAUAAAAAUAAAUUACUUAAAGAAGUCGGUGAUAAAACCAAAAAGAUUGGUGAGUUAGAAAAAAAAUUGAAAGAUGCAGAAGACAAAUGCAAAAGAACGGAGAAACUUUUAGCAACACGUAAGGACCGUGUCAGUAAAUUAGAGAAAGAGGAAGAAGCUCUCCGUGAUACAUCAAAUCAGAAAUACGAUGAAGCAGUUUCGUCUGUUGAAAUUGCCCAAAUCAAGGAGAAAUACGAAAAAACAGCGACCCAACUUAAAGAAAAAGAAGAACAAUUAAGGGCCGCAAAAGAUGAAUUUACUAAAGUAGAAAAAGAAUUUAAUACCGUUAAAAACGAAAUUUCUCAACUUAAAUCUACUGUUAACAAGUGUGAAAAUGAUAAAAAGGACUUGGAAGAGAAAAUCAAAGCUGAACAGAAGGAUUCAAAGUAUUGGGAAAGUAAAACUUCUGAAAUCGAAUUAGAUUUACAGGCAGAAAGAAAGAAAUUGGAACGAAUGAGAUCAGCGCACGAUAAGGAUAUAAAGAACAAAGAAGCUGAACUAGCUACGCUUAAAGGCAAAUUAAAAGUACUAGAACAAACCUCAGGUGCAGGUGCUAAAAGAAUAGCCGAACUGAAACAAGAACACGAAGAAAAUAUGAAAAAGUUGGAACAUACAUUAGCUGUUGAAAAAGCGGAAUACGAGGAGCUAACUAGCAAAUAUGAGUUGCUGGAAGAGGAACACGUAGUAACGAAAGCCAGAUUAACAGUUGAUAAAGAGCAAGCGCAAGGGGAACUCUUGCACUGUCAAAAAGAAUUAAGCGACGCCCUAGCGGAACUAAAAUCUUUACAGGAAAGUUUAUCUUCACAAACGUCAUCUUGGAAAAGCGAAAAAACUCAACUACAAAAAGAAAUUUCAUCUCUGCAAGAGCGUUUAUGCGGAGGAGGCUGGGAAGUGGAAAAAGCGCGACUGAACACUAAACUGGACAAACAAGAACGUGAACUACGAGAUCAAAUUCAGAAAAAUGAAGUGUUAGUACACCAUCACGAUCUUGCCAAAAAAGAGUUAGAAGAAGCUAAAAGGAAAUUAGAAGAUUAUGAGAGAGUUAGCAAAGUCCACAGGACAUUAACGGCCGACAAUGCGGAGCUUGAACGCGAAUUGGCUACGCUCAAUAGCCGACUCGAGCAAACGGAGAAGGCGAGGAAGAACGAAAUUAAUGACACGAAGUCGAGGUAUGAAGAACAAAUGAAUACUAUGCGAGAGGAACUCAAGUCUCUACAUAACCAGGUAUCGAGAUUCAAGCGAGAGCGGGACAACUACAAACAGAUGUUAGAAUCCACUCAGAAGACGAUGUCUGAAAUGAAGAAUGGAAAUAAAACGAAGGCCCCGCGCACCUCGAUAUCGAGUACGGACGAUGAAGAAUUCCGAAACAAGGUGGCCACACUGGAACAGCAGGUGGCUUGUUUAGAAGAUGAGCUGUGUGAAGCGAGAUUGCUGUCUUCAAAACUGAAUACCGAACUAAUAAGUGAACGUUCAUCGGCCGAAGUGCGCUUAGCGGAGAUGCAAUCUCGACUUAAUGAGUAUGAAGAGGAUAGGUUGCUUUCGUCCGGACGCGCUCGUGUGGCCGGGCUCGCCACUCGAAUGGAACUGGCUUGGCACAAGGAACGCGACGAGCAGCAACGUCUAUUGCAGGAAACGUCUACGCUGGCCAGAGACUUACGGCAGACGUUGUUUGAACUCGAGCGAGAACGAGAAAAAGAAAGGCUGGACAUGAAGAGAAGGAUGGACCAAAUAAAGAGAACCACGGAAGAGGAGACCGAAGAGGCCAAGAAGAAGGUUACGGAAUUGCAAUGCGAUCUCUUGGAACUCCGCGACGCUCACGCCAAGCUGCGAACGGCUAACGAGAAAUUGCGUCGCGACAAGGAAAGGCACGAUCGCGACCGUGAUCAAAAUAAGCUUCUGAUCGGGUCUCUGAAGCGUGCUCAACAAGAGGACGACCGUGUCGUAACACACUUGCUGGAAACCAUUGACGAACUAAUCAAGCAGAGUCCGGAGCUAUUCCGUACUGAAACGGGCAUCAAACCUGAGAAAAGUCUAGCCACACCGACUCCGCCUAGAAGGAAUAGGUCGUCAAAAUCGCGGUCGCGUUCUGCGACACCAGAGCAAGCGUUAGCGGAGACUCCGAUGGCGACGGGGCAGCGCCUGCGCCGCCUGGCGGACGAGCUGCGCGCGUCGCGAAUCGCCGAACGACAACGCAGGCAGCUGACGACUUCAUCGCGGCGCGCUAUGUCGACCGAGCCACGUGACACUAUGACGGUGACGUCUGCUUCACGAACACCUUCCCGAGUGCCUUCGCUCAAGAAACGUUCCAUCUCAUUGGAACAAACGACUAAAGAUCAGUCGUCCAUUUGGAAGACAGUAGAAGACAGCAGCGUAUCGUCAAUGCAAUCGCUGGACGGAGACGACAGGCUCUUCACGAUGCAAAGAGACACCAGUCUAGACAGUCGUCUAUCCGGAGGUUCAGCGCAGAGCGAAGUGUUAGCAUCAGAGAAAAAGAAGAAAAAGAGUAUAUUCGGCAAGUUAAAGAAGCUGACGAAAUCCCGGUCCAUCGAUGAUAAUGUAGAGGAAGUAGAGUUCAAGCCGAUAGGAAAUGUUUCGCAGCAAGGCUCCGACUCUGACAUGAGCGCGACGGGCAGCAAGCAAAACUUGCGUGGAAGGCUGUCCGAUAUGUUCAGCCGAAAAGGCCACUUAUCACGCGGAAACAGCAAAGAACAAAGUCCCGACACAGGAUCUGCCAGUGGAUCUCGUUCGAUACUGCGCAAUGCCAGUUCAUCAACGCUGCCCCGGUCCACUACGCUCAGCGCCACGACCGACACACAAAGCACUCGAGCCGCCAGCGCAACGCCCGGAACUAAAAGGAAAGGAAAAUAA